CGCAGGUUCUGCCUGAAUGUCUUCCGGGUGAGCUCUACCCAUGUCAACUCGCCGGUGAAUUGGAGAGCUCUGUAAACGUUAGUACAGAAAGUGUAAAGAACUAGUGGGGGUAUGGCUGCUGUUGACAGCUUUCAGCUGCUGUACAGAGAAAUUGCUCGUUCGUGCCAUUGUUAUGUGGAAGCGCUGGCCUUGGUGGGCGCCGUUUACACGACCAGUAGGGCCGUCGUCUUUGCCAGGGACUGCUACAGCUUGAUCAGGCUGCAUUUCCUUCCGCGACUGAUGCACAGCGGGGACCUUUUGCAUCGAUUCGGCGAGUGGGCUGUUAUCUUGGGUGCUUCGGAAGAUUUGGCGAAGGCGUAUGCGGAGGAGUUGGCGAGGAAGGGCGUCAGCAUUAUCCUAAUCAGCCCCGACGGUCAGGGCGUGGAGGGCACAGCCAAGGCUAUCGCCGAUUCUCACGGGGUGGCUGCCUUGUCUGUGCAAGCAGACUUCAGCGAGGGACACGCCGUGUGCCGGCCUAUCAGAGAUGUGCUUAAGGACAAAGAUAUAGGCUUCCUGAUAACCAGCAUGGACGUGUCCUUGGGCUCCCUAGAGGCCUUCGCCGGCCUGCCAGAGGACCACCUGUGGGACGCCGUCAGCAGAAACGUGGCAGCUGCCACACUACUGGUGCGCAUCGUGCUCCCUGGCAUGGCGGAGAGGGGCAGGGGGGCAGUAGUUAACAUCUCGUCCGGACUGUGUUGCAAACCUACUCCCAACAAGGCGGCUUUUACAGCAAUCACGGCCUACUUGGAUCACUUCAGCCGAGCACUGCAUUAUGAGUACCGACACAGAGGGGUCUUUGUACAGAGCCUGAUCCCAUUCCGGAUCAGGUCCCAGGAGGGGGGAGUCUCAGACAAAGGCGGGCACAGUGGUGGGUGGCUGGAACCUCAGCCUCAGGUGUAUGCCCGGCACGCCAUCUCCACUCUGGGCAUUUCCCACAGGACAACGGGAUACUGGCCACAUUCACUGCAGUUUUGGCUUGUUCAGUACAUGCCUGAAUGGAUUUGGGUUUGGGGAACACGCAUGUUCUCAAGAACACAGUAGGUCACCCAUUCCUAGCUUUCCAGCCCGGUCAUCUGACAGCACUACGAUGUCAAGCACUUCAAGUUCCAGCGAAAAACAGCAACACAGUCAUUGUGAACCUGAACUUUAAAGGCUUGCAUGUGAAAUGUUAGACACCUUGACAUUUGUUUGUGUCUUAAAAUCUAACAGUUCGAUGGUAACUCAUUGGCCGAGGCUUUUUAAGCUGAAUGUAAACGUUGAUAAGACUUGUUACCUUCAGGAUAGUGAUUAAUGUAAAAUUUGUACAUUUAGAAGUAGUUGGUUGCUGCGAUGUGUUUGGUGCACAGGGUCAAAGCAGGCUGUCUUGAUGAAGCUUUAAGACACUGUUUUCUGCAAAAUGUGAUUGAAGUGACAAAGUGUAUAUUUUCUUUAAGUGUCUCUACUAUUUCUUGUUGUUAUAGUAAUUUGGGUAGGUUGCGUUGUAAACAACUCGUCCUGAUUUUCAACCGCUUUACUAGGUGACAGUAUUCUAAUCGGUGGGCUUUACUGACUUGCUGUUGUUUAUUAGUGCAAUCCUUUAUAAAAUUAUUACAAUAUUUCUAGCCACCAGUGUUGGCUUUGGUUGCUAAGGUAUGUGCUUGUGGAGGUAAUUUGCAGUUUUUUUUCCUAUUGUGCUAUUUUUCUUCAUGACAUAUUUGUUUUUGUGGUUGUGCAACUGAACACAGCUUGGAUGUGCCCAAUGAAAACUGUAUGAAGAGUGUAAAUAAAAGUAUUUUGGUCUUCCA